UCUGGUUAUGAGUUCAUCGAUUUCUCACGACAAAGCAUCGUUUAAAGUAAUUUGUAACUUGCAAGUGUUUUAUCAAAAUGUUGAGUUUGAAAUGACAUUCAGUGUUUAUUAGUUAGUCAUUUAUUUUACAUUUCAAAAAGUUGUAUUUUUUUAUUUGUAUAGCAUAAAUCUCGCCAUUUAGAUUGAACGGAAAUGGGGAGGGAGCAGAGAAAAGAUUUGCAUAUGUAAAAAUAGAAGGCCUUCAUUAUAGCCAAGUAAUCUUUAUAACCUAACUUGAGAAGCAGAGACUACACGAGAUUUUAUAUAAUUAACUUUAGAAAAUUAGCAUUAACAAUAAGAUGGUUGAUAAAAACAUCAGUGACAAUUUUCUGCUACCAGCAGAAAAAUUACCAGAAUGUUGGAAUCAAGAAGAAAGAAUGAGUGCAUUGUUCUCACCAUUUCGCAGUAAAUCUGCCAAUCCACAAGAUUGGAUUUCUAAGUACAAAUUCUGGAAUAAUUUAAUAUAUGAAUGGCUGGAAUAUACCAUGCAAUGCAGUUUUUCUAUCAUCGAUUUAAAUGAAGCUUUUAAAAGAAGAGGUUGUACACCCCUUUGUCUAGUUACUGUUAUUGAAGAACUUCUCAGAAAUAAUGAAAUAAUUAAAGAGACUGAUUUUUUUCAAGAACCAUGUGAAACAUGGACAGCAUGGUCAAUUGAUAUAUUUAUAAAAAAACCAAUUAGCUGGUCUUUCUCAAAAGUGAAAAAUUAUAUAGUAGGUCAGAAUGUAAAUAAUUUAGAAGUGAGAUACAUACAUUUGCGAAUUGUUCAGGAAUUGGGUGACAUUAUUCUUUCUAUUGUUGAUAUUAAAAAAGACAAUGUUUUAUUCCUGAUUUCUGAAAUAGUGGAAUAUUGCAAGAGCAAAACUAAGAAGAAGAUUUCGGACAAUACAGUGAGAUUAGUUUUGGAGUGGCUGAGGCGUAGAAAAAAAGUUACUUUCAGGAAAAGUUUCAAUUCAAAUAAUGAAUUAUUAGUUAAAAUUUCUACACAAACAGUAAAUGAAAUUACAGAAGUAGAAGAAGGCAUGUAUAAAUUGAUCAAGCAGGAAAAUGAAUUGAUUAAGGAGAUAGAACUUAUGGAACAAGAGAAACUUAAUAUUAUCAAUGAAGCAAAAUCAUAUUUGACAAAAGAAUUGCGUCAGAUGGCAAAGACACGCUUAAGAAGAAAGAUCGAAUUGGAAAAGACCAUAGAAAAACGUGCGCAAGCUCUUGCAAACCUACGUAUUUUAAUUACCAAUAUUGAAGAUGCACAUUCUAAUUCUGCUGUAUUAUCUGCUUACAAGACUGGUUCUGAUGUAUUAAAGAAAAUAGGGCAAAAUGAUUUAACGGAAUACAAUGUUAGAGAUGUUAUGGAUGAUAUUAAUGAGAUUUUAGAAGAGAAACAAGAGAUAGACACAGUUUUAUCUGAAACAUUGAAUCUCACAGACUCGGAUGCCGAGUUGGAAAAGGAAUUAGCAGAAUUAUUGAAUAAAGACAAUGUAGAUAAUUCUAAUGCAAUUUUUGAAUCAAAUCCAGAAUUUAAAAAAUUAGAGCAACGUUUGAAAGACUUGCACAUGGAAGGUAUAGUUCAAUCUGACAAAAAUACAUCUGUACUACCAAUUGUGCCAUCCCCCAAGGAAAAGAUAUUAAAAGCAUCUCAAUGUUCAUAAUCGUUACAACGAGAAACAUGUAAUUAUAUAAUAACUCUAUGAAACCAAUUUAUUAAAGAGAUUCUAUUUUUC